GCCAAAUAAACGUCGCUUUCUGGUUUUCACCGAUGCGAUUCAGGUUCCGACCAAAAAGAUCCGUUCAAAAAGAACGACCCAUCACUAGCUAAUGUUAGGAUCAGCUAUCCAGUGGGACGGUCAGUGCUAUCCGGAAUCCUUGGGAUAUCCCCACCCUUAACCCUCUUUCCAUUUCAACUUCAUGGGGUAGGGACUUACCAAGGAUCCCGGAUAGCACGGACCCCAUUCGGACUUUGGAGUGGAACCCGACGUGUUGUGAAUCCUGGCUGUCGUAACGUUCGCUGAGGACUUUCCCACCCUUUAUACGCCGUAAACUGUAAGACUGCUGCUACGAUCCUUACCAACGGGUAAGUCAUUCAACGCACGGUGAAGUGCCUCGACACCCUACUGUCCUGUUUACUCGCCAGUGUGCGGCCCCAUUGUGGAUCCCCAGCUCCAGAGAGCGGCGGGGGGGAGGCAGAGGGCACAGCGCUAGCAGGGCCAUGAACGUCACCGGGUACCAGCAGCAGCAGGGGGGUUUUCGGACAUGCCGAGGCACACUCAGGGAGAGGGAUCCUAGGCAGGGUGUGGGCAUGGAGACAGCCUGCUGCCUGGCCCCUGGAGCCCUGCGCAGACUGAUUGAGCUGCCGUCUCCCCCACUCAACCGCCACCAGCUGAAGAGACUGGAGGAACACAGGUACAGCAGUGCAGGUCGCUCCCUGCUGGAGCCUCUGAUGCAGCGCUACUGGGAGUGGCUGGUGGGCCGCGUGCCAGCCUGGAUCGCCCCCAACCUCAUCACCAUCGUGGGCCUGGCCACCAACGUAUUCACCACCCUGGUGCUGGUCUACUACUGCCCCACCGCCACUGAGCAGGCACCUCUGUGGGCAUACCUUCUGUGUGCUGUGGGCCUGUUUGUGUACCAGUCAUUGGAUGCCAUUGACGGGAAGCAGGCCAGACGAACCAAUAGUAGCUCUCCACUGGGCGAACUGUUUGACCACGGCUGUGACUCCCUCUCCACAGUGUUUGUGGUCCUGGGCACCAGUAUAGCAGUGCAGCUGGGCACCAACCCUGACUGGAUGUUCUUCUGCUGUUUCGCUGGCAUGUUCAUGUUCUACUGUGCCCACUGGCAGACCUAUGUCUCUGGCACCCUGCGCUUUGGCAUCAUUGAUGUGACUGAGGUGCAAAUCUUCAUUAUAAUCAUGUAUUUGCUGGCCGCUGUGGGAGGAUCCGCUUUCUGGCAGUCACUGAUCCCAGUCAUAAACAUCCAGAUGAAAAUAGUUCCAGCCAUCUGCACUUUCCUAGGCGCCAUCUUUUCCUGUACUAAUUACUUCCGGGUUAUAUUUACCGGAGGUAAGGGCAAAAAUGGAUCCACAAUAGCAGGAACCAGUGUCCUAUCUCCUGUGUUACAUAUAGGCUCAGUAAUAAUACUGGCCAUGAUGAUCUAUAAGAAGUCAGCUAUCCAGUUGUUUGAGAAGCACCCCUGUGUUUAUAUCCUGGCCUUUGGCUUCGUGUCGGCCAAGAUCACCAACAAAUUAGUAGUUGCACAUAUGACAAAGAGUGAGAUGCAUCUCCAUGAUAUAGCAUUCCUGGGGCCAGGCCUGCUGUUCCUGGACCAGUAUUUCAACAGUUUUAUUGAUGAAUACCUGGUGCUGUGGAUUGCGCUGAUCCUGUCUUUCGUUGACUUGGUGCGUUACUGUGUCAGUGUUUGCAACCAGAUCGCCUCCCAUCUUCACAUCUUUGUCUUCCGAAUCAAGCCACUGACCCCCUCCACCCUUCAGUGAGGGCACGGACGCCAUUACUGUCUAUCGCUCUUUCUUUCGCUCUCUCUUCAUGUUAGUUAGUAAGUUGUUGCUCUUUCACCAUUUUUUGUAUUUGUUGAGGCAGGGUUGGGGUGGAUGUGUGUGGAGCUAUUACCAGUAGAGGUGGUGAAUGUGGGCAUAAAUGAAAUAUAAUGAGUUAAUAAUAAUGAUGAUGAUGAUAAUAAUAAGUUAUUGUCCAUUGCUGCUUUCUGCAAUUUGUGUUGAUUUCAUCUUGUUACAGUAAUCAGAUCCCUGGACAAAAAUAAUGCUUUCUCUUUUUCUGAAAUGAAUAGUCACAUUGGACAUGUACUGAAUGCUCUUCUCUGUGUCAGAGAGGGUAAGUAAGUGCAAGAAGACUGCAAGGGGCUUGAAAAGGUGCUACCUUAAUCAUUUAAUAAUGAUCAUUAUUAUUUUCUUAUUGAACUUUAAAACAAACAUUUCAUGUGUUGACAGUGUGUUUGUUGGUUAGUUGUUCUCUACAAGGAAAUGUAUAGCAUCGAAAGAGAUUUACACAGGUUGUCAGUCUGCUUUCAGUUUUGUUUCGUAAGAGUGUCGUGUCUUUAUUAAAUGUAUAUAUCAUUUUGCAAUAUUUGCAUAACCUCACUUUUCGGUUUCACAAAUAUCAAACUAUUCGGGUGUUGGUAUUUGUAGUGUUCUUUUAUUUUAAAAACGUUUUUCCUGGCAAUACAGUAUCUUAUCAAACCUACAAAAGUGGUACAUUACCUUGCAAUUACAUUCAAAUGAUGGGAUGAUUUCUGUAAUAUAUUACAGAUAUAAACUACUUGACUAAAAACAAAUUCUUGUAAAGAUACAAAUUGUAUUGCACAUUUGAAAAGAUAAGUGUCUCAAGCCUUGCUUCCUUGAAAUGGCUCAAGCAUACAUUGUCUCCAAUGCCACCAAAAUUACAGUGCUUAUGGCACUACAUGCAGGUUUGCUAGUGCUUGUCUGGAGAUUCUGUAUAUCCAGUUUAAUAUUGCUUUUAAAUAGUUGAAAGUAUAACAUAUAAUUUACAUUUUUAGCAGCAAAGUUUCUUGCUUUUGAAUUGUGUGCCUGUUUAUUAUUGUAUUGUCCUGUUGCACCUCUGCCCCCAGAUACUGUCGUGUUGCAUUUGUCUCGGGAAUGCUCAACGAAAACUAAAUGCCAAGUGUUAUUGAAGAAAAGUAUUGUGAUUUUUGUCCCCCCAAAAAGUAGUGUCAUUCUCAUCGGAAGCUAAAGAUGUUGUCUGCGCUUGCUCAUAUCUAGAAUCUAAGAACAUAUUUAAAUUUUCAUAAAAUGAUUUUUAUGAUGAAAAAAUGUAUUUUUAAAUGACCUUGUAACACCUCCACGAACAACUUUCUUUGUGUAGAGCAUUCUGCCCUGUGCCAGGUCCACGGACAGCAAUUGAUAGUGUUUUGGGAGAAUUGGGGAGUUUCAAUGUGACAGAAAAAUUAUAUUCUAACUGUGCCCUAAUAUAAUUUUCUGUGCAACGUUUUUACCUCUAUACCUCCAGUCUGCUUAUAAUUCACCAUCAGAAUCAAUAGAAACUCCGUCAUAUCAAUGAAAAACAGACUUUAUUUCUGUGUAUUGUUAUUGAGCUCAUUUGACAAUGUGUACUAGUAAUUUUCAGACAAGUAAAAGGUUGCCUUAAACACAAUAUUAUUUUUUUCUUCUUUUGGAAGAUAAAGGUCAAGCCUCUUAAACAAAUUAGGGGCAUGUUGUCUGUGUGUUUACUGGCAAAGGCUUGUGUUUUCUUCCUUGUUACUGUUUUCUUUUAGCCAGACCGUCAAGCUCAGGUAUAUUAGUGUGCAGAAUAGUAUGUUCAUAGGCUAUGAGAAAAUAACUUCAAGAUCAUUUCGACAAUCUCUCCCUCACCUACCAAUGCAAAUAAAAUGUCAUUCACACAUGUAAGAA